GAUUAUUUGAUGGAUGAAAAAAAAUCCAUUAGUUUCCUCAAAAGUAUUAAAAAGAAGUUAUCUGUAAAAAACUUUCAUAAGUUUAGAAAGAAGAAUACAGUAAAAGAGCCUCAUGAAUCAGAUGCAGGAACGAGUGGUGCCGAUUUGAAGGAAAUAAAUGCUCCAAGCCAUGAAAUAUUUGCUGGACUUAAAGAAGAUUGUCUCAGUAUAAAUGAUUCUGUAGACUUAAAAUUAUCUGAACGCAUUUCACAAUCUGAAGAUGCUGUCGAUUUUGAAAAUCAACGCAAUGCCGAUCAUUCUAAAAUAGAGACUAUGUGCAACUCAAAAGAAUCAACACAUAUCAAUACUAAUACUAUAACGACAGUUCACACUCAUAAUAACUUUAGCAGAGGAGAAAAUAAUUUAGAUGAACCAAAUGUUAUUAAUGAAGAAUCGAGUCAAUCGACUUUAUCACUAGAAUUGCUAAAACUGAGUAAAUAUGGAUGGUAUUGGGGGCCUAUGUCUGGUGAACAGGCUGAUGCUCAAUUACUUUCGGAACCAGAUGGUGCUUUUUUAAUUCGAGAUUCAUCUGAUGAUAGGCAUUUAUUAACGUUAAGUUUUAAAUCCGCCGGGAAAUUAUUGCACGCACGAAUCGAGCACAGUGGUGGGAUGUUUUCGCUCUGUAACCAAGGCGAAAGUGGUAGAUUUUCAUCGAUACCAGCUCUUGUCGAUCAUUCAAUGAGUUUCAGUAAAUAUUCGGUAUUUUGUUAUUCACGACCUAGGCAUCCAGGUCAUCCGGCAUUUCCUGUUCGACUCACGAAACCUGUCAGCCGUUUCACACAAAUCCGAAGUUUACAAUAUUUAUGCCGAUUUGUUAUUCGACAAAAUACUCGACGGGAUAAUAUUCAUAAACUUCCUUUACCAGAAGCCAUCAAAAGAUAUGUUGAAGAAGAUUAUUAUUAA